AUGAACUCUCGUUUGGAAGAGUGCAAGAGAAUGAGUCCACAACUGCUUCACACAGAAAGGAUUGAAAAGGAACCUGCAACAAGAACUACCAACAAUUGUAGUGAAGAACAGAGUAAAACUAUGGAAAUGCAAGAAGAGUUAAUUGAACUUUUGGAGGAUUUAGACAAAGCAAGAGACAACAGUAAAGAACCUCUCUCGUUACAAGAACGUUAUGAACGAGCCUGUAAAGAGCAACUCUUCCAAGAAGUCCAACAAUCGUAUGUGAUGUAUGACUGCGAUCAAGUAGAUAAAUGGAAUCAAGAGGUCCAAGAUAAAAAACAAAGGCUCGCUAAGCAAAUACUCUAUUUACGGUCAGAACUUGAAAAACUGAGAAUGCACCUACUAGAAAAAGAGCCCCCUCAAGAAAUCAAAGAAGAAGUCUUGCUAGAGGUUGAAGAAAUAAACGAGAGAGUAAAACAGCUAGAAGAGGAACGGAAUAAAUGGGAAAAGUAUGAUGAGGAUUUUGAAGCACGGUGUGCAUCAGAGCAGAAAAAAGUAAGGAUACCACAUUUCAUUUAA